GAAAUAGUUACCACCAAAAACGGUCAGAUCGAAGGCAGAAUACUAAAAACAUACUUAAAUAAAACAUUUUAUGCCUUUCAAGAAAUUCCUUAUGCUGAAAAACCCAUCGGAGAAUUGAGGUUUGAGUUUCCUGUGCCUGUAAAAAACUGGACUGGCGUCUUGAAUUGCACAAAGAACACAAAAAUUUGUUAUCAACUAAACGAAGGAAACGAUGAAGUCAACGAAGAGGAAUCGGAAGAUUGUUUAUACUUAAAUGUUUACACCCCUGUGAAUCCUGGAAGUGCGGAUAGGCUGGCCGUUCUAUUUUACAUACACGGGGGAGGAUUUUUGUAUGGCAACGCAAAAUUUAGCACGGCCGGUCCACAUUAUUUUAUUAACAAUGAUGUAGUUGUUGUGACUGUGCAAUACAGGAUGGGAGCUUUCGGGUUUCUGUCUACCUCAGACACUGUCAUACCAGGUAAUAAUGGCUUAAGAGACCAGCAAUUAGCCUUGAAGUGGGUCCAAGACAAUAUUGAAUUGUUCGGAGGAAAUCCUCAAAAGGUUACAAUCAUGGGACAAAGUGCCGGUGCUGCUGCAGUCACAUAUCAAAUGCUGAACCAAAACUCCGAUGGUCUGUACCGGGCAGCUAUUGGACAAAGUGGCUCAUUUCUAAAUACUUGGGCAUACACUAGUUCAACUAAAGACACUGCCUUUGAGUUAGGGAGGGAACUUAAUUUUACCGGAAAUACAAGUGAAGAUCUUAAGAAGUUUUUGAAGAUUCAGUCGGCUGUUGACAUAAAGAUAGCAGCCACUCAUGUCUAUUCAAAUAACGCUGUUAAAGGGUUUUUGCCUUCUAUUGAAAUUGAUCACGUUGACGCAUUCGUAACACAGCCUAUGUAUGAACAAUUAGUCGAAGGUCGUAUCAAUAAAAAUAUACCAGUUAUUAUGGGGACGACAUCUGAAGAAAUGAUUGCAAAGCUAAUUGGUGGGAUUGAUGUUUUCAAAACAACUCUCAAGGACUAUGAUGAUGAUUUGUCAGGGCUUGUUUAUAGAAAUAUGCAUUUAAAUGAUUCUAAAGUCAAAACAAUUGUUGGAAGGGAAAUUAGAAGCAUUUAUACCAAUGGAACUUUUGAAAAUCAUAUACAAGAAGGCGUUAAAUAUUUUACAGAUUCUUACUUUAGUAAAGCAGUUAUGAGAUUUGCUGAGUUAUAUUCUAAAUAUUCAGAUGUCUAUUUUUAUAAAUUUUCCUAUUCUGGGCCAUUGGGACACAAUCCUAGUCCAAAACUUCCUGGAAUAGGAAAAGUGAUGCACAGUGAAGACAAUUAUUACUUAUGGGUGACAAACGGUGAUGAUGCUGACAUUUUUAAUUACUCCGAAAGAGAUAUUGCAACAUCAAAUAAAUAUGUUGAUAUGUUUACUUAUUUCACAAAAAAUUUGAUACCUUGGGAGGCUGGAAAUAAAAAUUUGUCUUGGCCAAAAUUAAGUUGUGAAUCGUUCACUUUUUUGGAUAUUGAUGAAAUAUUGACAGUUAAGGAAAAUCCUCGAGGUCCUGCUUAUAAGAAAUGGGUAGAAUUAUAUGAAAAAUGGGCUGUAAAGCCUUUGGAUUCUUUUUGAACUUUUUUAUAAUCAAUAUAAUAAUAAUAAUGCUUUAAAAUAAGAUUACUAAUUGUAAAAUAACGUGACAAAAUAAUGUAAAUUUAAAAAAUAUACUUGGGUG